AUGCGGGGCCUUCGGCGCCUCGCGGCGGGGGCCUUGGCCUGGCUCAGCAGCAGCAGCAGCAGCAGCAGCAGCAGCAGCAGCAGCAGCAGCAGCAGCAGUGAGGCUGCUGCUGCCUUCACCAGCUUCUUCAUUGCUUCUCCUCCUCUUGCUGCUCACCGCAGCAGUCCUUCCCACCAGGCUGCCUUUACAGCCUGCGCCUUGCAUGCCCCAGGGGGGCCCCCCGGGGGCCCCUCAGGGGGCCCCCCUGAGGGGCCCCGGGGGGCCCCCCUAGGGGGCCCCCCUGAGGGGCCCCCGGGGGCCCCCCUAAAGCAUUUGAAAGACUCUCCUGCGUCUGAAGAGCUGCUGCAGCUCGUGGCGGUUCUGCGGCAGCAGGAGAAGGCGGGGCGGCGGCAGCGGCAGCAGCAGCAGCAGCAGCAGCAGCCCGCAGCAGCAGCAGCAGCAGCAGCAGCAGCAGCAGAACUGGAGAAUAUAGAUGGCCUGCUGCCGCUCUUCAAACCCUCAGGAAUCACUUCUGCGGAUGUCUGCAGAGUUGUGAAGCAUUUAAUUCGCAGCAGCUGCAACUCGGGGGCCCCCGGGGGCCCCCCAGAAAAGGAGGUAAAGGACGUGCGGGCUUUGAGCUUCUCAGGGGUUUUGGUUUUGGGCAUCGGGCGGGGGACGGCGCUGCUGAAGGAUUUCCUUGACGGGCCCAAGUGCUACGAAGCGCGGGCGCGCCUGGGGGUGGAGACGGACACACUUGACGCUGAAGGCCGGGUGGUGCGGGAGGCCCCGUGGGAGGGGGUGACCACUGGUCAGCUGGCAGCAGCAGUGGCUUCUUUUGAGGGCCGUUCUUACCUGCAGCAAACUCCUCUCUUCUCGGCAAAGCGGGUGCGGGGCCGGCAGCUGUACGAGCUGGCCCGCGAGGGCGCCGCCGUUGGCCCCGAAGAAAUGCCAAGGCCUUCUUUGGUGUCAGUGAACAGCAUCAAGCUCCGCAGUCCUGCUGCAGUGGAGGUGAGCUGCAGCAGCAGCAGCAGCAGCAGCAGCGGUAGCAGCAGCAGCAGCAGCAGCAGCUGCAGCGGUAGCAGCAGCAGCAGCAGCAGUAACGGUAGCAGCAGCAGCAGCAGCAGAUGCAGCAGCAGCAGCAGCAGUAGUGGUAGCAGCAGCAGCAGCAGCAGUAGUGGUAGCAGCAGCAGCGUUAGUGGUAGCAGCAGCAGCAGCAGUAGCGGUAGCAGCAGCAGCAGCAGUAGCGGCAGCAGCAGCAGCAGCAGCGGUAGCCGGCCAGCAGCGGCUGGCUGUGUCUCCCUUGCUGCUGCAUAG